AUGUCUUUGCUACGUCACACAUCAGUGGCGGUACGCCUGUCCAGCCGCACACCGCUAUCGCCGACACCUCGAGCGGCAACGCCAGCCAGGUUGAUUGCUUCUUCUAGCACUAAAAGGGAACAACUGCAAGCAUGUAAGACACACAACCACCAAGAGCCUCCUCAAUCGGCAGUGUUGUCAGAAGAGCCGCAAAAGCUAGGCAAAAGAGCGCGCAAGGCGCUCAAGGCAAGAGAGAGACAAGAGCAAGGAAGCAUAGCAAAAGCGGCCAAAGAAAGUGCUCGAUCAGAAGCACUCGAGAUGGAAUCGGCACGCUUGAAUCAGCAAGGCGAUACCAUCGCGGUUCAUGUAAAACCAGUGCUCAAAGUCAAGCAUGUAAUGAAUGCGGCAGAGCAUACAAUGCCCGAAACAGCAACGCAGGACAAGGAGCUGGAGUUGAGGAGAGUGAAGAUGGAAACCCAAUAUCAUGGUGAUCCUACGACUCGCUGGAGUGGGUCACUGUUCCGCAGUCAUAUAUCAUCACUUCUCUCUGGCUUUGGCACAUCACCGAGUACGAGGCCUUUGCAAGAGAAUGAUUUGCCAACUGCGUCUUCCGCAACCGUCCCUUGGGCAAGCUUGGAUUCGACAUCAAAGGACUCAGAUACAAACAGAUCCGAUAUAGACAACAGUUCAACAAGCUCGCGCUUCAGGAAAGACAUGCCCUCGUCAUCAACGUCCAUGUCCAAGUCCGAGCGCAUGGAGUCGCAGGCACGCGUUAUCUUUCAUGCCAUUCGCGAAGCGCGAGAACGUGGCAUGGUUGACGAAGACGAAUCUUUCUUCUACCCGUACCCUGAGGGCGUGCCACCCAAGGAUCUCGACGGCAAAGAUACGGUAUGGCUCAAUCUCGGCCCAGACCCUGAAGCUUGGGGACGGGAGCUGCCUCAGGUCAAGGACAAAUGGCUCGAAGUUCUUUCUCUCGGUCUUGCAAAGGAGAUAAACGAUCAGGCUUCCACCCCUAGCUCGGCACCAUUCGAGGAUGCCGAUGGAGGACAAGAAGGGGAAGAGCAGCACCCAAGAGAAGACCAAAUCGCAUUCAACGAUCUAGUCGAAGAUUACGACCUAGAGGAUCACGAGCGAUUGGAGCAACUAGGCGAUUCUAUUGUUAACAUGUCUUCUCGGCUGCUAGCCUACCUCUCCUACCCAGAUGUCAACGAAGGAUCAUUGACGAGACUGUCCAACUACCCAACGCAGAACAACUUCCUUGCGCUACUGUUUCGCGAGUGUGGACUAGCUGCUCGGCGAGAUGAGCUUUGCCGCGAGCUUCGCGGCCAACACGGACACGAUGACGACGCCAGCACCACUCAGAAGCAAGCAUGCAGGAAAUGCACGCGCACACGACAGACCGACGAAGAAAUGGCGCAAUUGCCACUACUGAUCAAGCGCGAUGCAGAUAUGUUUGAAGCGUACGCUGCGGCGGUGUUUCUCAGCCACGGCAACGAUUUCAAUGUGGUCCACAAUUGGCUCUGUCAUCUGUUCAGACCGUUCCAAGACCAAGCAUAUCGGUUCAUGGUUCAGCGAAGUGAGGCACUCGCAAGGAUGCAGGCGAAUCGUGCAGCAGCAGCUGCUGCUUCCGCUGCUGAAGCUUCUUUGGCGCUGCGUAGCAGAAACAGUAUCGCAGGUUCACCGACCAACCUGGCAGCAGAUGGUUUAGGCCUCAAUUCCGCCACCAUCGACCCGUCCUCCGUACGCUUCUCAUCGCUUUUUCCCGACUUUUCUCGUGGAUCCGAGAAAAAAUCUGCCAUCCCGGCCUACGCACUCGCCAACACUGACCAAGCCUUCAUCACGGAUGAAUUCCUCACUGUCGCCGCGCGCGCGCGCCGUCAGCGCGAAGAACGUCUUCGAGAAGAACUCCGUCUGCAAGACCAGCAAGAACUCAUGAAGAUGGGUUGGUUUCGUAAAGGUUUCCUCAACUUACGCACUGGUUUCCGCCAGUACGUGAUGGGCAAAGAUAUGGUCAAGGAGCAAGAAGCGAGAUUGAAGCGCAAGAUAAACGAACAGAGAGGAAUGAGUGAAAAGAAUCGACAGAGGCUCAGAGCGCGAGAGAGAAGCGAAGCUGGUGUGUCGGUCAAAAGUACAGCAAGUAAGAUGAAGGAGAAGAUCUUCGAGGCCAAUGCGAAUCAGGAGAAUCAGUGA